AUGAAUAUCUCCCAGCCUGUCUCGUCUGUCAUUGACAGCGUCGAUUUUGACUUUUUGACGCCCGCCGAGAUCAAGAAUAUUUCUGUCAAGAGGAUCGAGAAUCCCACCACCUUUGACAGUCUUCUGAAUCCCACCCCAGGUGGUCUAUAUGAUCCUGCCCUUGGAGCUUGGGGUGACUCUCUUUGUACAACAUGUAACCUCAACCAAUCGAGCUGUCCAGGCCAUGCCGGUCACAUUGAUCUGCCCGUACCCGUGUAUCAUCCAGUCUUUAUGGAUCAGGUCAUGAGACUGCUGAGAGCUCAGUGUGCCUAUUGCAACCGAUUCCGCAUGCGACCCGCCGACCUGGCGCUCUACAGGUGCAAACUGCGCCUGCUCCAGUUCGGUUUACUCGACGAGGCCAUCCUCGUGGAAGAAAUAACACCCAAGACCAAAAAUAUCGAGGGCGUUGAUCAAGUCGAUGCAGACGAUGAUGUCGAAGAUGCCACCCAUAUGACGCUUCUGCGGGAGAAGUAUACGGAACAGGCCAUCAGGAGGCAUAAGCUGAGCACUGCAGAGAUCAGAAAAGGAAAGCAUGAGGGUGCUUACGAGGCGAGGAGAGAGCUGAUCAAGGCUUUCUUGAAGGAUAUGACCAAGGGAAGAAACUGCCAGACUUGCAAAGGUAUCUCACCCAAUUACCGCAAAGACCGCUUCGUCAAGAUCUUUGAGAAGACCCUGUCUUCGAAAGAUGCCGCCAAGAUGGCUCAGGGCAGCUUUAAACGUAGCAAUGCCCUGGCUAUGAGGCAGCAAGCCAAGGCUGCACCAAAGAAAAAAACACUCGAAACAGAUGAGGGUGUUGCCGACGUUGAGUCGGCGCCGGAAGAGGACGAUGUCGGCUUCGAGGAGGAAGAGGAGGAAGAGUCAGACGAGGGAGAUGGUGAGGAGUUGGACGAGAACGGCGAUGUGGUCAUGGCCGAUGCUGCCCUCAAGGCACCAAAGCCAAAGAAGAAUGGCGUUCUGCCACAUCGUUAUGUCAGCACGAGCGAAGUCCUAGCUCGUCUCGAGCUCCUCUUCGAGAAGGAGCAGGAUAUGGUCGCCUUGCUGUAUAACUCCAGGCCGCAAACCAAGUCUUCCAAGACCAUCUCGCCCGCCUCCUUUUUCCUGCAAACCAUCAUGGUCCCGCCGAAUAAGUUCCGCCCUGAGGCUCGACAGGGCGAUGGUGGCAUUGCCGAGGCUCAACAAAACUCCUUGUACAAACAGAUUCUUAAUGCAUCUGCCAAAGUUGCUCAAAUACAUCGCGAGAUUGCUGCAGCCGCAAAAGCAGGCGCAGAUUUCGAGGGCCGCAACAGGAAUUUUUCAGAAUUGCACGAGGCCUGUGUGGCGCUACAAGACUGCGUCAACUCACUGAUCGACAAGGACCGGAACCCGGUUCGUGGCGCCGCUGGCAAGCGCAAUGAGGACGGUAUCAAGCAGAAAUUGGAAAAGAAGGAAGGUCUUUUCAGAAAGAAUAUGAUGGGAAAGCGUGUCAACUAUGCUGCCCGAAGUGUCAUUUCACCAGAUCCAAACAUUGAGACUAGUGAGAUUGGUGUGCCUCCAGUCUUCGCCAAGAAGCUCACCUAUCCCGAGCCUGUGACAAGCCACAACUUCAGAGAAAUGCAGCAGGCUGUCAUCAAUGGCCCCGACAAGUGGCCAGGAGCGGCCGCGAUCGAGAACGAGAAUGGCCAAAUCAUCAACCUGAAGAAGAAGACGCAGGAAGACCGUGUCGCUUUGGCGAACCAACUCCUUGCCCCAACGACGCACAAUCAGAUUGGCAUGAGAGGCAAGAAGGUCCACCGCCAUCUCGGCAAUGGUGACGUUGUCCUAAUGAACCGUCAACCCACUCUGCACAAGCCGUCCAUCAUGGGACACCGUGUUCGCGUUCUUCCAGGCGAAAAAACCAUUCGUAUGCACUAUGCGAACUGUAACACGUACAAUGCCGACUUUGAUGGUGAUGAAAUGAAUAUGCACUUUCCCCAAAACGAGCUCGCCAGAGCUGAGGCUAUGCGACUAGCCGACACCGACCACCAAUACCUCUCCGGUACGGCAGGCGAGCCUCUCCGUGGUUUGAUUCAAGACCAUCUCUCAGUUUCGGUAGCACUUUGCAACAAGGACACCCUAUUUGACAAGGGAGCUUAUCAGCAGCUUGUUUACAAUGCUCUUCGUCCGGAACACGGCCAUAUCACAUCGGACAGGCUUGAGCUCGUGCCACCCGCCAUCAUUAAACCCGUGCGGCGAUGGACGGGCAAACAGGUCAUCACUACCAUUCUCAAGAACAUCAAGCCUAUCGGAUUUGGUGACUUGUGGCUCACGGGCAAAACAAAGGUUCCAGCAGACCGAUGGGGCAACAAAUCAGAAGAGGGGUCUGUCUUGUUCGUGGAUGGAGAAUUUAUUCACGGCAUUCUAGAUAAGGCACAUCUCGGACCAAGCGGUGGUGGUUUCAUCCAUUCUAUUCACGAGACUUGGGGCCCGGAAACGGCAGCCAAACUUUUGAGCUGCAUGGGCCGACUCUUGACCCGGUAUCUCAACAUGCGUGCAUUCACCUGCGGCAUGGAUGACUUGCGACUUACACAGGUCGGUGAGGAAAAUCGGAAGAAGCAGCUAGAAGCAGCAUCCAAGGCUGGCUUGGAGACGGCCCUCAAAUUUGUGAGCUUGGACAAGCAAGGUGACAUUGAUGAGCGUGACCCGGUGCUCUUGGAGCGUCUCGAAGCUGUUAUGCGAAAUGACAGCCAGCAGGAAAACUUCGACGCGUUGCUCAAUGCCGCAUGCUCGGUUGUAUCCAGUGGCGUCACCAAGGCAUGCCUGCCAAAUGGCCUCGAGAAGCACUUCCCCAAAAAUCAAAUGCAGUCGAUGACUAUUUCUGGUGCAAAGGGUAGUGGUGUCAAUGCCAACCUUAUUUCCUGCAAUCUCGGUCAGCAAGUUUUGGAGGGUCGUCGAGUACCUGUGAUGGUCAGUGGAAAAACGCUGCCCUGCUUCCGGCCAUUUGAUACCAACGUCCGUGCGGGUGGCUAUAUCGUCAACCGUUUCUUGACUGGUAUCAGGCCGCAGGAGUACUACUUCCAUCACAUGGCCGGCCGCGAAGGUUUGAUCGAUACAGCUGUCAAGACGUCGAGAUCCGGUUAUCUCCAGCGAUGUUUGAUCAAGGGUAUGGAAGGUCUCAAGGUAUCCUAUGAUACCUCGGUCAGAGAUUCUGACGGAUCCAUCGUUCAGUUCUUGUACGGAGAGGAUGGUCUGGACAUUACCAAGCAGAGAUACCUCCACGACUUCGGUUUUGUGCUCAAAAAUCGGGCUUCCGAGGUUGCACAGCUGUCCAUCGAUGAGCGAGGCUGGGAUCAGGACAUUUUUGCCUCCAAGGACUAUGCGCAAAAGUAUAUGAAGAAGGCCCUCAAGGAGUCCAAAGCAAAUGAUGCCCAUGCGCGCGACCCCAUCACAGCCGAGAUGAACCCCAACCGUAAUGCCUUUGCAACGUCGGAGAAGUUCUACGAAAAGGUUACCGAGUACAUCAAGGAGAACAAGGACGGGUUGCUCAAGGAAAAGGGAGACAAGAACAAAUCAACCGACCUCAUCGCCCGCAAGUAUGCCGAAAUCCUACUGCACACAAAGUACCUCGCCUCGCUGGCGGAACCCGGCGAGGCUGUCGGCAUUGUUGCCGGACAGUCUGUGGGAGAGCCAUCCACACAGAUGACGUUGAACACUUUCCACUUGGCUGGUCACUCGGCAAAGAACGUCACGCUAGGUAUCCCUCGUCUGCGAGAAAUCUUGAUGACAGCCAGUGACCACAUCUCCACCCCUGCCAUGACCCUGAUUGCCAAUGCCGAGCUGGGCACUGAAAAGCUCGAACGCUUUGCCAAGGCAAUCAGCGAGUUGCCACUCUCCCACGUCACGGACAAAGUGACGGUCAAGGAAAGGGUUGGCAAGGGUGCCGGCUACCGCUUAGCCAAGACCUUUGACAUACGUCUGGAGUUCUUCGACUCGACUGAUUACACCGAUACCUAUGGUAUCAAGAAGUCCGACGUGCUCAAUGUCGUGUCGACCAAGUUCUUGGACAGGCUCGAGAAACAGAUCAAGAAGGAGAUCAAGGCCAGAGGCGACAAAGACAACGGUGCUGUUCCCGAAGUAGGUGCCAAGGCUGGCAAUGUGGAGAUGGCUGCCCCCGAUGCCGAGAGGGUACGCGAUGAGGAUGAUGAUGACGACGAUGAGGGAGACGACGACGCCACCAAUGCCAAACAGAGGGCCAACCGUGCCGAAGCCGUGUCCUACGGUCCCAACGACGACGACGACGACGAAAUCCAGCAACAGAUGGAGCGGGAGGCUUCUCCAGACAUCGAUGACGAACUUCCCGACGAUGAGGGUUUCGGCGGCAGUCCGGAGCCCGAGAGCGAGGAUGAGGAGGGCACCGACAAGGCAAACAAGGCCACAGUCAACAAGACUCGGGAGGCGGACGUCAUGGAGAGAGUCAAGUCAGUCUCGCGAUUCGAAUGCGACGAGGUGCGAGGCGGCUGGUGUGACUUCUCUCUCGAGUUUGAUGCCAGCAUACCCAAAGUGUUGAUGCUGAAUGUGGUGCAAGACGCGAUACGAAAAACCCUGGUGCAGAAGAUUGAAGGCAUUCGUGACUGCACCUUUGUGGAGGAGGAGACGGUCAAGGAUGUGCGCACCGGCGAGACGAGCAAGAUCCCAGUGAUCCACACCAACGGCGUCAACCUGGUGGCGAUGCAGAGCUAUGGAGACUUUAUCAAUCCCAACAAGACUCAGACCAACGACAUUGCUGCCGUCCUGCGAACAUACGGAGUUGAGGCGGCGCGGAAUAACAUCAUCCAGGAGUUGAGCAACGUCUUCGGUGGUCACGGCAUCAGUGUCGACAAUCGCCACCUGAACUUGAUUGGCGACUACAUGACGAGGAACGGCGGAUUUUCACCCUUCAACCGUAACGGACUCAAGGGCAACGUCAGCCCGUUUACCAAGAUGAGUUUCGAGACGACCCUGGCGUUCCUCAAGGACGCGGUGCUCGAUGGCGAUUGGGAUGAUCUCACAACGCCAAGUGGUCGUAUCGUGAUGGGAAGACUCGGCAAGGUCGGAACGGGAGCCUUUGACGUUUUGACAAGAGUGCACCCCAAGAAUGGCAAGAAUCAGUGGGUAUGA